AUGUGGCGCUUGCAGCGAAAUCGAAUGCGCAAAGAAUUAAGACGCUGCAGCAGCUGCGUCGAUUGCAACAAUUAUAACGACAACAACAAGAAGAAGAAGAAGAAAAGCACAUCACUAAUACGCAGCGUGGACAGCGCCAAGCGCCAAAUGUUCGCGUUGAAGUUGAAGGAAAAGGAGACAAUGACAAACACUUGCAACUGUCGAUUUUUGCAUAACCCGCGCCGUUCCAUGAUGAUUAGCGAACGCCACAAAACCCUCAAUUUGGUAACAAUAUUUUCUUGCUGGCUUUACCUGUUCGCCGCAUGCCCCGCCACCUGUGCGGCCGACGAGGUGUUUGAGCUCUUGCCACAAUCGGCGGCAGCAACGGCAAAGAGUGGCAGCCGGCAACAGGAUGAAGUGAAUGUCUUGGCGUUUGUAACGCCCAAUGCGACAACAGCACCACGACUGGAUCCCAAUAACAACAACGAGUGGCGACCUUUGGGCCACGGGGAUCCGCUGCAAAAGGAUCCCACCUAUGAUUACAGUCCACCCGCGCUGGAUCGUGUGCGCUACUGGGCGGAGAACAAUGCGAGCAGCCAGGAUGCCAGACAGAAGCUGUCGGCGGAGUUGCUGCGCAACAAAACCAAAAGUGAAAUCCUAUUGCUGGGCGUGCCCGGCGAGCGGGAGCGCUCGCGACCGAAGCAGCCGCAGGCCAAAUAUGCGCCCAUUCGCAGAAGCUACUAUGCUCCUCCCCAGCAGCAGCAGCAGCAGGUGCAGCACAUGCCGCACACACACCUGAUGCCGCCGCCAAUGCUGAUGAAGGGCAUGGCUCACGUGGAGUAUCGUCACAAUGUCAUGAACUCACCGAGCAGCUCGUCCUACAUGAGCUACAGCUCCAGCAAACCGUCCAGCUCCACGCAUUACUACAGCAGUCCGUCGGCCGCGACCACGUCCUGGUACAGCCACUCGCCCAGCAUGUCCAGCAUGUCCAGCAUGUCGAGCAUGCCUCAGCGCAUGAGCUAUAUGGAUGCACAUCACCAGGAGUCCAUGCAGCACUAUAGCCUCUCCAGGCCGCAGGCCGUGAGCUAUGCGCCCAACUCGAUUCAUCCCGCCCGCAAACCCUGGCUGCACGAGCUGCUGCAGAAGGAGCUGGUGGUGAAGCCCACCAUGAAGCAGCGAAUGAAGCCCACCAUGCCGGCCACCAAGUAUCUGAUGGGUACCACCAGGCCGCAGCUGCCGGCCACCGGCCCCACCCACGCGCCUUUGAACUAUGCGCCGGUGACCUUUGUGCCCGGUCCGCCCACUGUGGCCACGCCUACAACCAGCAGCACUCACCCCGAGCUCUAUAUCACGCCAACCACGCUGAUGUCCACGGGCAGCUCCGGCUUUCGACCCAUGCUUGGGUCGACAACGACGUCUACUACGACAGCCGCGCCCAUCUAUCAGCAUGCAGAGGCAACGUCAACGACGAGCAGCUCCCGGCUGAUGAUACCGCAGAUGAGCAACCUGGCGCAACGACCCACAGUGGCACCUGCCCCGGAACUAACCACCGAUGCGCUCUUCUCGCACUAUAAACAGCCGCCGAAGCCGCUGCUGGGACCGAUGUACCUCAUCAUUGAGGGCCAUUCCAAGGUCAAGACCUAUGGCCAGAACGAGCUGGAUCCGCACAGUCCCAAGAUUGUGCCCGUCAUCUCGAAGCGGGAGCCGGUGGUGCGCAUUGCGGAUCCCAACGAGAAACGCGGCACCGUCGAGACCUACCAGGUCAAGCAUUUGCAUACCAAGACGACGCCUCUGACGACAACAACCUCCACUACGACGACGACGACGACGACGACGACGACAGCGAGACCAAGCACCGAGAGUAGUUCGGUGAGUCCCAGUCCCACCGAGAUGCCGGUGCCCGGUGGCGGCGUGCAUGAUCUGCUCAGCUUGCUGGACAACAUGUUUGCCGAAGCGCACGAUAUGGCAGCAACGACAACGGGCAGCUCCUCCCUGGCCACGCCCGCGGCGAGCAGCGGGAGCACCGUCUUAAAACCGGUGACAACAACGAAAGCAAAGCUGCAGCCACAGCUGCCGGAGCCGCGCAUUGGCAGCCAAUCGGGCAGCAUCGAGAGCCAGCUGGAGGCGGAGGUCGCAAAGGGUUCACAGCUCGCGACCAGCACGGAACCCGAACAGCCGCCGCGCGCCACCCGCCAGAUCUUUGACUAUGAUCAAUUGCCCGAGUCGCGCAUUAAGGCCGAGGACCCGGACGAGCUUGACUACGAAGCCGAUUAUGACGACGACGCUGAUGAUGCGAAUGAUGAUGAUAAUGACAAUCUGGAAGAUGUGAGUGAAGAUGAGACGUCAGAAAGUGAACAUAAUUUACUCAAACGCAUCGAUAAAUUUGUCGAUGAUGUGGAUGAUGGAGACGAUGAUUUGGACGGUUUGAUGGAGGAUCUGUCGCCUGGCAAUGACAAUAAUGACAAUGAUGCUGACGAUGAUGAUGAUGCUGACGAUGAUGAUGAUGAUGAUGAUGAUGACAGACAGAAGCCGCAGCAGCACCGUUUACAUCAAUAAUAAUAUUUCUCUUAAAACUGCGCUCUAUACCAAAAUCUAUCAGAAAUUUUUCUUACACCUAAAAUAUUUAAAUGUAAAUAACUAAGCUUUAAAG